CUAGUUUCAGUCAUACAGAUUCACUCAUCGUCGCCACGCGCGUCCACUACGAACACCGUGCGUACCUAUUACCUAUCGGUCGACUAACUGUUACUGUUAUUGUAGGUGAAUAUAAAAUAUUCGUAAAAGAAAAAAAAAAUUAACCGCGUUCGAAUGAUAAUAACAAUAAAUAGUCCAAGUACACGAGUAAAAGAAUUUGUGUUUUAAGUUUUGAACGUCUUUCCGUAUAAAAUCAAUCGCGCGAAUUGAAAUAUGAAAUUCCCCGGGAUCUACGACGAACGCUGAAUCAUUAACGCCGCUGUGAGCCGCCUCGUGAUAAUGACCAUUAUCUACUGCAAAACUUUUAUGUCGACGCGUCUCGUGCGGUUUUCGCAAACCUAAAUAGUAGUACAUCGGACACACCGAUCUAUGGCCGAACGUAACAUGGACUUGGGCCGCACGUCUCCGUCGCCGGCGAAACUUCCGCCUUCCUCUACGACACCGCCCGUACAGUCGGUCAACAACAGAGUCAAACGUCCGAACGCGUUGCUCUUGUCCGGAUACAAAGACAACGACGACGACGACCGUAGAGAUCACAGAGCCGAUCAAAGGGAUGCGCUGUUGCUGUCUCCGUUGUCCGACGAGACACUUCUGUGUGCCGACCCCGACGGAGCGGCCGACAAUGUCGAACACCCCGUACAGGCCAACGGCCAACCGGUCGUAAUUCAAGUAGCUAAACACAAUACGAGAAAGUCACAUUUGACGUCACCGUCGAUCUACCGAAAGGCAAAAAGAAGAGCGCUGUACAAGAAUGGCGAGUGUAACAUCGUCCUGGCAAACGUGUCGAAACUUCGGCGACGCUACUUGCAGGAUCUGUUCACCACGCUGGUGGACGCGCGAUGGCGAUGGACUCUGUGCGUGUUUGUCAUGAGUUUUCUGCUCAGUUGGCUAGCUUUUGGCAUCAUCUGGUACUUGAUCGCCUUCACUCACGGUGAUCUGUCGCCCGAAAACAUUGACAAUCCGUUAUGGUCACCAUGUGUGAUCAACAUGAAAACGUUCAUGGCCAGCUUCUUAUUCAGUGUGGAGACGCAGCACACCACAGGGUUUGGUUACCGAAUGGUCACAGAAGAAUGUCACGAAGCCAUAGUGUUUUUCUGUUUCCAGAGCAUCGCCGGUUUAAUGAUCCAAGCAUUCAUGGUGGGCAUCGUAUUUACGAAGAUGUCACGACCAAAACAACGCAGCCAAACGAUCAUGUUCAGCAAGAAUGCGGUGAUAUGCCGAAGGGAUGGGCAACUGUGUUUCAUGUUCCGUAUUGGUGACAUGAGGGAAAAGUCGCAUCUCAUCGGAACAAAGAUCCAGACAAGACUAAUACGGUCUCGAGUGACACCGGAAGGAGAGACAUUAUCACCGCACGUGACGUCCUUAAAAAUGAAUAUAGACGACCACGACGAAUGCGUAUUUUUAAUGUGGCCGACCAUAGCCGUACAUGUGAUCGAUCAGGAUAGUCCGCUAUACGGUCUGAGCGCGGCGGAUCUGUUGAACGAAAAAUUCGAAGUGAUCGUGAUCCUGGAGGGCACCACAGAGUCGACGGGGCAGACUACGCAGGCACGGACAUCGUACUUAGCGUCAGAAGUGCUAUGGGGUCACAGGUUUCGCCCGUUGGUCAAAUAUUGCAAAACGAAAAUGAUGUACGAAGUAGACUAUUCGCAGUUCCACGACGUGUGCAAUGUUGAUACGCCACUGUGCAGUGCCAAAGAUCUAGAAACGUACUUAAUGAUUAACGAACCGAAAAUCAAAUGAUUUAUUAUGUAUUAAUAUGAUAAAAAAAUACAUAUUUUUUGAAUUCCCACAAAUGUAUAUUUUUAUGAUUGUAAAAUCUUUACUUUAUUAAUUCGAUUUAAAUUAUGGUUUAAAUAUUAUUUGCACGAUUUUUUUAUACAUAUAUUUUAACAAAUGUCUGUAAAUACAAUUCUCAUAAUUUAUAAAUCAUGACUUUUAUGCAAUAAUACAUCUUUAUAAGCAAAAA